CAGCAAAUCCGGGUUACAGUUAUUCACCUGGAUUGAAUCACUUACAUGAUUCAGGGGCGCGUGUGGUGCUCGGCCGGGAUAGCAGAAUGCCGAGCUCGCAUUCCCUCCAAUUUCUCCAACAACGAAUCAAGUAGCGUCAUGUCGUUCGUGAUCGAGGGUGUUCUUACAAACGUCAAGUACUCCGGCUACGUGUUAACGUUGCAGAACAAUGAGGUUACUGUAGCCCCGCCUACCACAGACAAGAAAAAUCAAAAAUGGAGGGCGCCACUUAACACCGAAACCAUGGAAGUGGGUGGGCCGAUGGAAAUCGUGACCGAGCCUCGCGAGCCUAAUCCUUACCUCGGAUGGAAUGACCGAGUUAACUUGCCGCCGAAACUGAAAAUGGUCGCCGCGGGCACUUUUGAUUGGCAGUGUGGAACACUAAUCGAAAUAUCUAAAGGGUCACCUUUGCAAAUCACUGUCAAUGACUCUGUAGGAGGCAAUGCCAAGACGUACCACUUGAAGGUCACUAAAAGCGACAAUGUCCUUCCGCGAUAUGGCGUCAUGUUCAAGGAGUUCAAAACCGGAGACCCGGUCAUCGACGAAGAAAAGUGGACGUGGGAGCAUGCCAGUCAGAUGAGUUUGCCGUGAUAAUAGAUUUGCUCUGGGGCUUGCAAGGUUGUUUGUGUCUGUUUUGUGCGUUUUGCGCUAGGACUCCUGUUGUCAUACUACUUGUUUAAACGUUUACUACUCGUGAUGCAUCGCACUCUACUUGUUUCCGAAAUACUCCUCGAUGUAUUCGUGCAUGUCAGAAAAUGUGCCUUGUAUGGUACUGUCGACAAAUCAUUGUCCCGGAGGUCCCUUGCGCACUUGCCAGAACGUGCAAAUUAUUCCACGAGCCUGCAACAGAUUUGCUCUGGGCUGAUAUAGAUGAAUUAACCCACUGCUGC